AUGAGAACACAGCCACGGCUGUGGUCUAUAUAAAUAGCCAGAUCCAUGCUGCUACAUGGCUUCCUUUCCUGUCUUGAAGCAAGAGACGUUGUUCCGGAAUGGUACCUGGAGCUAUCGAAUUCCGGCCCUGCUCUACCUGCCACGUUUCAGCAUCAUCUUGGCUUUUGCUGAGGAACGAGAGGAUGUGGUGGACGAACAUGCCAAGCUCAUAGCGAUGCGCAGAGGCACGUAUGACCCAACAACACACCAUGUUCAGUGGAAAAGCAUGGAGACCAUUGUCAGUGCUCAGCUGAAGGACCAUCGAUCUAUGAACCCCUGCCCUGUUUAUGAUGAGGUCUCAGGGAAACUGAUGCUGUUCUUCAUAGCUGUCCCAGGCAAGAUCUCUGAGCAGCAUCAGCUCAGGACAAAGAUCAACUUGGUACGUCUCUGCUAUGUCACUAGCAUGGACCAAGGACACACCUGGAGCACUGCCCAGGAUAUCACUGAUGAUACCAUCAGCACUGAGUACAAGAACUGGGCCACUUUUGCAGUGGGCCCGGGUCAUGGAUUACAGCUGCGCAAUGAGGCCCGGACCCUUGUGAUUCCUGCUUAUGCCUAUCGCAUCUUGGACCCUAAGAAACACCCCACCCCUCAUGCCUUCUGCUUCAUCAGCUCUGACCAUGGUACAACGUGGGAGAUGGGGAACUUUGUGGGGGAGGAGAGUGCAGUGGAGUGCCAGGUAGCAGAGGUGCACACCUGUGGCAGGAAGGUCCUCUACUGCAAUGCAAGAAGCAGCAGGGGAGCCAGAAUACAAGCUGUCAGCUACAACCAUGGAGUGGACUUUGAGGGAGGCCAGCGAGUUGAAAUGCUAGUAGAACCUCCCUCUGGAUGUCAUGGCAGCGUUACUGCCUUCCCACCUCCCCCUGGUGCCAGAUGCCAAGACAGUUGGUUGCUCUACACUCAUCCUACAGACCCAAAACAUCGAAGAGAUUUAGGAAUUUACCUCAACAAAAGCCCUUUAAAUCCAGGACACUGGACAAAACCAAGCAUCCUUUUCAAGGGCCUGUGUGCUUAUUCUGAUCUGCAGUACAUGGGGGUUGGGCCAGAUGGCUCGCCCUUGUUCUCCUGCCUCUUUGAAUACGGCACCCACCGACAAUGUGAAGAGAUGAUUUUUGCUAUGUUCACUUUGAAGCAAGCCUUUCCAUCAGAGUUCUGAGCUGAGCCUUUCCAUCAGCAUCUCUCGGAAAACCACCUUUGCUGAUCCUUCUCACUGUCAUUUAUCAU